AUGCCGCUUCUGCGGCUGACACCCGCGACUGAUGACUGGGAUCAGCCUCCGUCUGCUGAGCAAUCGCCUGUGGACUUGCAUCGUUUUCACGAUGUCUACGAUAUGUCGGUCGCCGCAACCGCUCGAAUGACAAGCUUUAUCAAAGCAGCAACUGCACACCUUGCUGAGGCCGAAGCUUCGCGGAGUACAAUGUUUGUAGAAGAGUGGAAACAGCUCUUUGAGCAGUUUCUCGAUAGGUACAAACAAGGCGGCUCAGAAGCUGGUCGAGAGGACGACGAGCGGAGGUCUGAGACGCAGACCGGCAACAGCGCAGCGCAAGCAAGCAACUAG